UGAGUACAGCGGCGAUGUUUUUAUUAGUUUAUUUGUUUUGGAAAAACGAUGAUCCUAACCCAACAACGUUCGAACAAGUUUGUUCGGUCGGUUGACAUCGAAGAAAUCGUGGUAAAGAAAAUUCAAAAAGUUUCGGGUGUUCUAACGUUCUUUCUCCCUUUCUAUAUAACGGAAUAUAUCAUACUCAAGAAAAAUAUUCUGGUUAAAUAAUUAGAAUAUAAUGACGAAGGAACAAAUAAAUGCUGAAUUCGAAAGAAAACCUAGAGCCAAAAUAUCGACCGAACGUUCCCUGCUCGAUCGUGAUCGCGCAAUGAGAAACAAAAAAAGAAAAAUCCGAAAAUACAUCUAAUCUACUUUGAGCUAUUCAAGCGCAUGCUCGUUACACGUUACGACGUUACCCCCUGAAAACACGCAACUAGAAAAUUCUCCCAUACUCCCAUACACACUAUACUUAAACACUGGAAGUGACACGCGUCACGUUUACGUGAAAGAAGCAUCAAAACCGGUAUUUGGAGUCCGUCGAGUAACUUCGUCAGUUUUUCUAAUUCACUCAAAUUAGAACGCAAUUCUAUCGUUAACAGUUGAAGAUAGACGUUUCGAAGGAUCGAGAACAAGUCCAGAAAGGACUAUUAGAAAUUUUUGACGAUCGGAAGUUGAUCAUCGUUUUUGAGAUAAAAACUCUGCAACGUUACACCCCGAGCUUUUCCUGUGAAGAGUCCAGCUGAAAAUCCAAAGAUUCUUCAUUGGUUUCUACGACUUUCUGAAACGUUUUAUUGUCAUUGUUUAUCCGACGCAUUUUCAAUGGCCCUCAAGAUCCACGUUGACUCUCCCAAGGUCAAGUACGAGGCCGAACACAUCGAAGCGGAAUAUGAAUAUCAGACAACACGUGUUACGAAAUCUGGGGUCAAUGGCUCUGAAUAUACCGUCACACCAUUGUGUAAAAAAAUGAUCAUUCGAACACAACUGAAAGUGCCAAAAUUGGGUGUUAUGUUUGUCGGUUGGGGUGGCAACAACGGAACAACAAUAACAGCUGCCCUUUUGGCUAAUAAAAUGAAACUAUCUUGGGAAACAAAGGAUGGAAUAGUCAAAGCAAAUUGGUUUGGUUCAUUGACACAAGCGUCGACUGUAAGACUUGGCAGCUGCAACGGCGAAGAUGUCUACGUUCCUAUCUCUUCAAUGCUACCUAUGAUCGAACCUAAUAAUAUAGAAGUUGACGGAUGGGAUAUUUCGAGCAUGAAUUUGGCAGAUGCCAUGUCUAGAUCUAAAGUACUGGAUAUCAAUUUGCAGAAUCAAUUGAAACCGCACAUGGUCCACAUGAAGCCAAGAAAAAGUAUUUAUUAUCCAGACUUCAUUGCUGCUAAUCAGGAAGAACGAGCGAAUAAUUUGAUUUUAGGCACAAAAUCUGAACAACUGGAGAGCAUUCGGAAAGAUAUCGUUGAUUUUAAAAGUUCGAAAAAUUUGGACAGUGUCAUUGUGUUGUGGACAGCUAACACUGAGAGAUUCUCAGAUAUAAUUCCAGGAGUAAAUGAUACAGCGGAGAAUUUGUUGAAGUCGAUCAAAACUGAUCAUCCGGAGAUCAGCCCGAGCACAAUGUUUGCUGUUGCUUCAGCUCUCGAAGGAUGCACCUACAUAAAUGGGUCGCCCCAAAAUACUUUCGUUCCAGGUGCUGUAGAAUUCGCGGAACAGCAAAAAACUUUUAUCGGAGGUGAUGAUUUCAAAUCGGGACAAACCAAGUUGAAAUCUGUGCUCGUAGACUUUUUAGUGUCCGCUGGUAUAAAACCCGUUUCUAUCGUGAGCUACAAUCAUCUGGGCAAUAACGAUGGAUACAAUCUUUCGGCUCCUCAACAAUUUCGAUCCAAAGAGAUAUCCAAAAGCAACGUGGUCGAUGAUAUGGUAAAGUCCAACAGUAUUCUUUACGAAGAUGGAAAAAAACCGGAUCACUGCGUCGUUAUAAAAUACGUGCCCUAUGUUGGUGACAGCAAAAGAGCAAUGGACGAGUACACAUCGGAAAUAAUGCUCGGUGGUCACAACACGAUAGUUGUGCACAACACCUGCGAGGAUUCAUUGUUGGCGAGUCCUCUAAUCCUCGAUCUCAUUAUAAUCGCUGAACUGUGCUCGAGGAUUUCAUUCCGAGAUACAGAAAGUGGAUCGAACAGUGAAUUUAUUGGCUUUCACAGCGUUCUCUCGAUUCUUUCUUAUCUCUGCAAAGCUCCUUUGGUACCUGAGGGUGCUCCGGUGAUAAACGCAUUGUCCAAACAGAGAGCAGCUAUCGAAAACAUUUUGCGAGCUUGUUUGGCUCUGCCGCCUGAAAACAACAUGCUGCUCGAACACAGACUCAGCCUACGUUGGAAAUUCUAAGUUUGCUCGUUACCAAAGUUACGCAAAAUCUCUGUCGUUUUCAUGAACUAUGAUGAUCCGAAACAAAGAGAAAGUUCGUCUUAAAUUGUCAAUUUCAUCGGAUUUCGGAUUAUCACGAUUUCUUAUUAUCUGGGUUAUGAGCACGGUGUAAUCGAUGAAUCGUGACGUGCAUGCAAAUGGUACAAAUGUUGGGAAUUCUCUGCAUGCCAUUCGUACUUCUCCAAUUAUUCGAAGUUUUUUUUCGUCCUUUCAUACAGUAUUUGUUUAUAAAUUUAGUGAAGUCGUGCUCCAUCGAGCUUUAAUUCCAUAAAUAUUGAACAAAUGCAUCGUUACAAAUGACAAUGCAUUAUUUUCACACACAAUUUAUUCAAUGAUUUCUCUUCACCACUCCAAAGAAAAUGAUCGAAAAAAAAUGAUAGUUAAUUUUCCAAAAAGGAUGUAACUUUAUUUUGUUCUUUUUUUUUUUACUUCUAAAGUAAUGAGAUAAUAGUUUUGAGUUUGAAGAUUUCCUCUCAGGAUUGGGUGAUCGUUAAGGAUUCUUGAGGAUCACCUCAUAUAUUAUUAAUGACAGAUCAAAGUUACCUUCAAAGUAGACCUUAAAUGUGCCGAAUUCCGUGUUUCAUAACUGUUGUGAAUUCUGUAAUAUAAAUAAUAUAGGUUCGUGUUUACAUGGAUCCAAUAUUUUCUGAUGAAGAACAAAUAUAUUGAGCAGUAUUCCUCCGUGGAUUUAAUGUUUGAGAUGAAAAUAUUACUAUUGCUAUCAUGCGCUGUGCGCUUAAGUAAUCAAGUGUUUUAAGUGUAGUUAAAGUAUUAAACUUCAACCUAUUAAGUAUAUGAAAACUGUGCAUUGUCUUUCGAUUUCUAUUGCCAAUUCAUUCGUUUGGGCUUGCACCGUAAACUAUGUUUUUAACUCGGGGACCAUGAAAAAUAAAAAAAAGAAUAAUAAUUGUUGUUUGUUUUGGGUAAGGAGGCUUCUUUUAGGUCAAAAAUCGUAAAAAUAAUCUUUCGUAAUCGUUUUUGCCUUUUUUUUUUUAAAUUACCCUUUUUCAUCAAUAAAUAUUUCGAAUACCUUUGAAAUCGUUUUUCUAUGCCAUUUUGCAAAUUCAAAUUCCAUUUUUUUUUUACCUGACCUACUUGACCAUUAUUUUCAAACUCAUGAAAUAUGCGGUUUCUCUCUCCCCCGAUCAUAUCCGACACUUUAAAAGUUGUAUUUUUAUGAAAAUAAAAACGAAUUUCCGAA